AUGGAAAAUCGAGUGGGUUUCAGAUUCAUUCCUACGGACCAGGAGAUCGUGGACUAUUACAUCAGGCUCAAAAAUCGCGGUGGUUCCGACACUAACCAUGUCGAUAAAGCCAUUAGAGCAGUCGACAUCUGUAGCUUCGAUCCUUGGGAGUUACCUUCCAAGUCACGGAGGGAAUCGAGAGAUCAGGUUUGGUAUUUCUUUUGUCGGAAGGACAACAGAGGAGAGAGACAGAGCAGAAAAACCAAGUCUGGUUUCUGGAAGAAAACGGGACCUACAAUGGAUAUCUUCCAAAAGAGAGGAGAUCGCGAGAAGAUUGGUGAGAAAAGGGUUUUGGUGUUUCACUUGAGCGGUUCAAAAUCGAAAUCAGAUUGGGUUAUGCACGAGUACGUGGCUACCUUCUUGCCUCCUACUGAUCAGAUGACGUAUACAUUGUGUAAAUUAAAGUUCAAGGGUGACGCCAGUGAUUUACCUUCUUCUUCUGGUGGUGACGGCGGCGGCGGUGAUGGUGGUUGCGGCGACGACGGUGGUGGUGGAUGCGACGGCGACGGCGGUGGUGGCGACCGUUGUGAUGGUGGUGAUGGUUGUGGCGGUGGCGACGGCGACGGUGGUGGCGGCGGUGGAGUUGAUGAGCAUAAUCAAUAUCUCAUCACUCAUAUGAACAACUCUGGUGGAUAUGAGGGAUUACAGGAUCCAAGUCAGUUUAAUGUUUCAACCGAUGAUUUCAACUGUUUUCUCAAUUACAAUGAUGAUGAGGAGGAGCAGGGGAAUACUAUGUUUAUGCAGUACGAUCGUAACGAUUACAGACCAAACUGUCCCUAA